CUUACAGAUAGAGGCGUUUCAAUUACCAGUGGCCAUCUCUGCUAUCACACAAUGACAUGAUAUUACGUGGAAAGCACCCACGUAUAUGAGUGUCGCAGACAACCUGCGAUGGUUUCUAUUCCCCGGAUGGGCUAGGCUAGGAUUCACUGUCACACCAAUAUCUGUGGAACAUUCAAGCACGAGAACUGGUCUAAAUGUCCGAUGUCUCGGCCGUCCUCCAAGCUUGAACGAGUCUUGAUCAACCACCUGGGCAGACCGGAUGUUCUCAGUCUCCUAAAUCUUCACCCACAUUCUCUUUUUUACGAUAUUCUCUUUGUUGCGCCUUGAUUAUCCAGCAACCAGCUUGGAAGGAUCCCUUAUUGCGCCGCCAUCAUGCCCACCGAGCAAGUGAUUAACGACAGCCCGGAAGGGAACCUGGAGAUCGGUAUCGUGGGAGGUGGUAUAGUUGGCUUAAUACUCGCGCUGGGCUUGACCCGACGGAAAACAGCCGUUCGUGUGUACGAGCAAGCGGCUGGAUUCCGUGAAAUUGGUGCAGGCAUUGCCUUCUCCGCGUGCGCGCGUCACUGCAUGGAUCUUGUAAACCCCGCAAUCUUACAGGCUCUCGGACGCUGCGGUGCAGUUCCAGUUUCUGACGCGGACGACGAGGAUGAUUACCUGCGGUGGAUCGACGGCUUCAACCACCACCGCUCCGAGGAUCCUGCCUACCAGCGACCGCUGGCCCAGAUUGGGGGCGCUGGCUUCCGAGGGUUUCGACGUGACCAAUUCCUUGAAGAGCUGGUUAAGGAGGUGCCCCCCGGCGUGAUCGAGCUUGGCAAGCGUCUAAAGAAGAUCGAUGAGAAUCCAGAUAAUGGGAGAGUUGUGCUCACAUUUUGUGAUGGGACAAGUGAUGAACUUGAUGCCGUCAUUGGCUGCGAUGGGAUAAAAUCGACCACCCGAAAGCACAUGCUCGGCCCGAAAAACCCGGCCUCAUACGCACAGUACACCCAUAAAGUAGCAUACCGCGGUCUUGUCCCGAUGGACCGCGCAACGGCCGUGCUGGGCGCCUGGAAAGCCAACAACUUCCACCACCACGUUGGGCCCGGAGCACACCUCACACACUACCCCGUCGCAAACAACACAGCCCUCAACGUCGUAGUCUUCCUCUCGGACGACGAGCCCUGGCCCUCCUCGGACGACAACAGCAUGGUCUCCGAGGGCACGCGGGACGAGGUCCAGGCCGCGCUGAAGGACUGGCACCCGACAGUCCUGGGCCUUGUAGGGCUACUUCCCGAGAAGCUGAUCAAGUGGGCGUUGUUUGAUCUUGGCGACUUCCCUGUGCCGCGAUAUAAUGAUGGUACCGUUUGUCUUGCGGGCGAUGCGGCGCAUGCGUCAAGUCCUCACCAUGGCGCGAGUGCCUGUCUGGGGGUCGAGGAUGCACUCUGUUUAACUACACUCCUGAAUCGAGUCGUCGAGACGGCCAACGCAAAAGGUUCCGCUGGCGAGCGCUCUGAGCUACGCGCCGCCCUGGAGACCGCCUUCGAAACUUUUGACAAUCUCCGUCGAAAGCGUACGCAGUGGCUCGUAAAUAGCAGCCGCCGUGUCUGUGAUCUGUACCAUCAAGCUGAGUGGGCAGAUCCGAAAAGGUGGGCUAAGGCGGACACGUGUUUUGAGGAACUUAGGGAUCGCUCGUAUAAGAUCUGGAACUUUGAUGCCGACAAUAUGGUCCGACAGAGUGUGGCAGAGUAUGACCUCCGGCUUGGUAAGGCGAAUGGCUCCAACGGUCUCAACGGUAUUUCGGGGGUGGUCGAUGAGAAGGGUGGCUACGUCUUGUAGUUUUGAUUGAUCAUUUUUUGAGAUCUACACAUGAAAACUCUCGGCCGUGCUUUAAUGCGUGUCUAUACGAUCUGGUCUGAAGGCAUGUCACGAAUCAGGAUAGGCUUGCUUGGGCCAUAUGUUGCUGCUCGUGUAUGUAACGUUAUUCAUGCAGGCCCAGGGCAAAUUAAUC